UUUCCAAACCGGAAGUCAGCAACGAGCUCCUGUAGACACUUCCGCUCUGUACAAAGAGAAAAGAUAAAAAGCUCUUUCCUCCAUCCUGGUAUUUGACUUCAUCCUGGUCACUGUGAAGUCCCCGUACCCAAAACAGGAAACUGACUAUGAACAAAGGAGAUGUCCCAGCCACUGUGACCCUUGAAUCAGUCAAUUCCGUCACGUUCACUCAGGACACCGAUGGAAACAUAAUCCUACACUGCCCUCAAAAUGAUGAGGAGGACUUGGGUUCAGACGAACCGGUUCACAAACGACUGCGCUUGUCCAGUGAGGACGGUGAAGACCCUCAUGAUUCUACCUCAGCAGAGUACGCUGUCGUCACCUUACCUAUUACGGAAGGCGAUGAAAGUUUUGAGGUGACGAUGACUGCAACAGAGAUGAGAGAAGGAGAGCUGGAAACCCAAGAUCCGUCUCAAACACAGCAGAAGGUUUCUCCCGUUGUUAAGAAGACUGAAGAUGUGUCGGCCGUCAGUCAAGCCUGGUUCACCACGAAAGAAGAUAAAGACACGCUGGUCAACAAGGGUCACAAAUGGAAACAGGGCAUGUGGUCAAAGGAGGAGAUCGAUAUCCUGAUGAGUAACAUCGAGCGUUACGUGAAGAACCGGGGGAUCCAGGACCCUGCAGAGAUCAUCUUUGAGAUGCCAAAAGAAGAGCGAAAAGAUUUUUACCGCAGUAUAGCGUGGGGUUUAAACCGACCGCUGUUUGCAGUAUACAGACGUGUACUGCGGAUGUACGAUAACCGGAACCACGUAGGCAAAUACACAGAUGAGGAGAUCAAUAAACUAAAAGAGCUAAGGGAGAAACACGGGAACGACUGGGCUACCAUCGGGGCGGCGCUCGGUCGCAGCGCAUCUUCUGUUAAGGACCGGUGUCGACUCAUGAAGGACACAUGCAACACUGGAAAAUGGACAGAAGAGGAGGAGAGAAAGUUGGCAGAAGUGGUCCAUGAGUUGACUGGCACAGAGGCAGGUGAUGUCGUUACUCAGGGCGUCUCCUGGGCGACGGUGGCAGAACUAGUUGGCACACGCUCGGAGAAACAGUGCCGCUCUAAGUGGCUCAACUACCUUAACUGGAAGCAAAGCGGCGGAACAGAAUGGAGCAAAGAAAACGACAUCAAUCUCGUCCACAGAAUAGCAGAGCUGGAGGUGGAGGAUGAGAACGACAUAAACUGGGAUACGUUGGCUGGCGGAUGGAGCAGCGUGCGCUCGCCUCAGUGGCUGCGCAGCAAAUGGUGGACCAUCAAAAGACAAGUAGCCAAUCACAAGGAGCUUCCCUUUCCAUUCUUGUUGAAAGGGUUGCAGGAUGUUGUGGAGGCCCCGCCGUCUACGAAGGUCGUGGUGGUCACUUCUCGGUCAGCCAAUGCGUCGCCCAGCCCGGUUACUGCGCUUCAGAUCCCUGUUCAGAUUCCAGUGCAGAUCACGCAUGUCUCUUCGACAGAUGGCGUGAGUGGAACUUCAGACAGCGAAACCAUCACAUUGAAUUCUGGAGCUUUACAGACGUUUGAAUUACUGCCUUCAUUUCACCUGCAGCCCACUGGCACACCUGGAACCUAUUACCUCCAAACGGGAACCAAUCAGAGCCUUCCACUCACACUGUCAGCCAAUCCCACAGUCACGCUCACAGCUGCGGCCUCUCCAUCUUCCCCAGACCAGAUUAUCUUGCACAGUCUCACAGGGGAUGCCGAAAACAUGACCGUUCAGAUGUCCCAUCCUGGCAUCAUCAUCCAGACAGUGACCUCAGAAGACCUCUCCGAGCUGGAAGCAGAGCAGGAGCUGAUGAAGGAACAUCCUCCUGAAGAACAAAACAACUGCGGGGAAGAGGAACAUGGUGAACAGAGUUCAGAGGAUGUACAUGAUGGAGGAAAGACGCUGAUCUCCUGUGAGGUAAAGGAAACCGAGAAUUCUGGGAUUUGUGGUGGAGCCGUACUUAUGGUUCCGUCUCCAAGCUGCUUCAUUCCGUCUAAUGAAGAUAUCGGCAGCGAUUCAGUCCUGCCCCUUGGAACGUUAACGGAUCCCAUUUUGGAGAACCAAGAAGAGGGAUCAGACUGAAGGCUGUUGCAGUAGUAAGCGAGAUGCUCAGACUUCGGAAGCGGGACAUCCAACACUGUUGAAUGACAAAUCAAAACAAGACAAACACAGAAUGCUGUACACAUAUGUUACAAAUAAAUCUGUAAGACUUGUGUUGAGUUGUUACCCAAGUUCCAUUGAAGUUUGAUAGGUCUGAAUGAGAAGAGUAGAAUGCUUAUGAUAGAAAGAUGUGUAGCAUCCUCAGUGAGAUGAAACACAGGAUCACGAGUAUAAAACAUGCUUGCAUCAAACACAGUAUUUAUAUAACCUAUGUACGUUUUUGAGCCUCAUUCAUGUCUCAAUGCAGAGACUUUUACUAUGUUACACUUAUUUUUAACAUUUUUUUUUAAAUAUGAAAUGCCCUACGUUAAAAUAUUUUUGUGUGUUUCUAGACUUGACCGUUUUUAUAGCCUACUUUUCUGCCGCAAAACUUGAUCAUGUAUUAUGUAAAGCCGCACUGUUGAUAAUAAUGUUAAAGUACAAUUCCAAACGGCUACUAUAGACUGGCUAUAAUUUAUCAAAGGGUUUAAUGAUCCAUCUAAUCUGUGUGUUAGUGCCUCUGUGUUUAUUUAUUGAAUAAACAAAAUGUCACGA